AUGUCGCUGCCGGGUAAUGCUCACUCUGUAGCACAGACGCCAGCUGGGAUGGUUGUCGUCGAGACGGAAGAGUUGAAGGUGGUGUGGCGCUUGCAGCCCGAGGAGGUGAGCCAAGUGCAGCAUCCAAACAGCAUCACAAGUGGCCCCUUCGAGUUUUUGGACAAGUUGGUGCAGGUCGACUUUCUUCCCAAGGGCCACCAACAGCCUUACAUCCGCAUCUCUGCCGAUCAAAAGCUAACGCUUCGCGUUUCUGGGUGCGGGCGCGUGCACCCAUGGCACCCACCUUUCGUUGAGCUGGCACGCAUUCGAGAGGAUGGCAGAAGUAAGUUUCAGUGGUCCGGCGGCUUCCAUGUCGACCCAGAUAGCAGGGGGCUCACGGAGAUCACCUUGCAGUUUGGAGUUGAGAAGGUGGCCGACCCGCUGGUAAAACAGGCCUUGCAGUUCCUCGAGAGGCAGACCAAGAAGUUGAACGAGCUCGAGCCCAAGUUUCAAAGCUGCCAGAAAGAGGCGGUGCAGAGAGAGGCAGAGCUGCGGCAGCUUCGGGCCGAGCUCGAGGUCUGCAGGAAGGAGAACCUUUGUCUUCGGACGAUGCAGGGUGUGGGCCCAAUAGGCCCAGAGCAACUAGUUCGGUGGCACCAGCAGAUGAACCUCUCCACGAUGCAGAGCACUUCCUACGAUGUGGUUCUACCUUUCAACUCUCUGGCCAAGUUCUUGGAGACCAGGCACAUCAGUUUGCUACAGAAGGAGGAGUCGGAGUUGGACAUCGGAAAGAAGCAAAGCGUCAGAGUCAUCGCAAUCGUGGGCUUGUUCGAAAAAGGCAAAACCUGGCUCAUCAACCGGCUCUUUGGGAUUAACUUGCCUUCUGGCACGCUCCACGAAACAGAUGGUUUGAGCUUCCUCUGGAUCCCGGAGCGACGAAUGUUGCUGAUCGACUCGGCAGGAGUGCAAAGUCCAGUCUCCUACUGUGCCCAGACCGGUGCCGGGAACGAGCAGUCAGUUGAUGAUGCUCUCUUCGAUGCGAAGUCCACUGAGUCUUUCCUUUUCGACAUGAUCUCUCGCAUGGCAUCGCACAUGGUGUUUGUUGUCAACAGCUUCACGUCCUUGGAGCAGCAGUAUGUAGAGAUGUUGCGCAGGAAGUACGUGGCAAGACAGGUGCACAAAGAGCUCAUUGUUGUGCACAACAUGCUCAACGUCAAAGACGCCGAAGUGGCUCCCCAGCUCUUUGAGAAGCAAGUCACCACAUGCUACAGCGGAGACUUGUCCACCAUGGGCCAGCUCAUCUUCACGGCAAAGAAAGACAAAGGUCCACCCGUUCACCACAUCGGGCUCUGCUACGAGUCUAGCCCUGCUGGGGACGCUUUCAACGACAAGAACCGGCAAUACCUCUUGCAGAGCCUGGAGCACAGGGAAUUGGAGACGGAGAUGGUUCUUCAAGACCAGCUGCGCGAACACCUCUCCGAGCUUCUGAAGAUGUUCGUCAACACCGAGAUUCCCGAACAAGCAGCUGGAUCGGAACGUGCUUUUGGCGUCGUCUUUCGUCCCGGUUCUGAGUUAAUGUCGUCAGCAGAGGAGAAGAUGCCUUCAGAGGAGAAGAUGCCGAAAGGCUACGUGUGUGGCGGGGUCUUUUCCUUGCAGCUUGACAAAGGAGCCGAACCGAAGAUGAGGACUCGUGGGGUGAUCUCACCGCUGGGCGAACUUAUAGGCUACGAUGCGACCUUUGAGCCUAAUGUCAAUGUGUAUGAAGAGACGACCGAUGCCGGGGCCCAGUGCAAGAUCCUGAUCGAGUGCCCCGGUGUUGCGAUGGAAGACAUCGAGCUGGACGACGAGAGCCUUUCUGCAGGGUUCCAGCUCGCUAUCACCAAGCGCGCCCUAAUCGACGAGCAAGCUGUUCGUAAGGUGGAUGGGUGGCCUUUCAGGCAGCAGCAGGGGAGGUGGGAGCGAGCCUUUCUGGUGGAUCUGACAGAUGGGAAGUUCGAGGAUCCCGUCAUGGAUCUGAGGCAGGACGGCAUCCUGGAGAUCACCAUGAAAAAGAAGCAGAAGAAGGGAAUCGCUCGGCUCGGAUAUAAAUCCGAUCGCGCAGCCCCGGGGCCAGCACCCUCAGAAUCCGCAGCAUCGUUUGCGUCCUGGAAUCCGGUCUCUGUGCAGGGACAGCAGCAGGAUACUGAACCGCCACUUCUGCCACACGUGGUUAAAGCCCAGCUGGCCGACGAGUACAAGGUCUUCCCGGUGCACCGGACGAGGCCCGUGCGCAUCAUCGCCACGCGGAGUCGGAAGCAGACAGCGUCCGCAGACCCCAAGGCCUUGGAUGCCAAACCCUACGAUGAGCUGCCGCGGCAGCUGGACGCAGAGCAAGUCUGCAACCACCCGCCGUCCACCGAAGCUGGCAAGAAGCUCCGGAACAUGCGCUUCGCUGAGGAAGUUGAGGAGAACGACAGACCUGAGCUGCGAAGCUCGGCACUGCGGAGGCCCAGCGAUGGAGCGAAGGUACCUCAGAAGAACUUCCGAGAAGGAUCAUUGAUGGGUCCAACCGCGACAGGCCGUAGCAUGCGGAGCCGCGCCGGGCGGAGUACGGUUCUCUCCAACGCCCUGGCAGAGAUCGUCAAAGAGCGGAAGGCGGAUGAGCUCUUGGAAGAGCAGAAGGCUAAGGCAUACCAACAGGAGAAGCUGGACACGCACAUGGGCAGCAAGGCCGCCGAGGUGGCCAAGAGCAUUGGCAUCAAUCCGGGCAUGCUCGACCAACAGCGGCAGACGGUUCACAACUGGAUCUCCUCGUCGUACUUUGACUCCUUCAUCGGCUUCAUCAUCUCCGUGAAUGCGGCGACCAUCGGCUUCGAAGCCGAAGUUUCGUCCAAGAUCCCCGCCGGCUGCAGCGAGCGCUGCAUCUGCGGAGACCCGGCCGUGGUUUGUCAGGCGAUGCCACUGUGGCUGAAGGUGGUGGACUAUGCCUUCUUCCUGAUUUAUCUGGUGGAGUUCCUGCUUCGGGUCUACACCUACGGCCUCAAGGUCUUGAAGAGUGCCUGGAUCAAGUUUGAUCUCUUUCUGGUGCUGUCCAGCAUGGUGGACAUCACCCUCCAGCAGCUCUCGACAAGCAGCGAGAUCCUGAACCAGAUCAAUCAGAUCAUGCUGGUCCGAAUCCUUCGGCUGGCGCGGCUCGCCCGGGCUGUGCGUCUCAUGGUCCAGUUUCGCGUUCUUUGGCAGCUCGUUCAGGGCUUACUUCACAGCGUCAGCACUUUGCUGUGGACCUUCUUGAUGGUGAUGAUCCUGGUCUAUGGGUUUGCGAUCGUGGGGAUCGAAACCAUCAAUGUGGAUCAGACGCUGCCGCUGGACCACCCUUACAACCUCGCCGUGACCGAAAACUUUGACGGCUUUGUCGAUGCAAUGUUUACCCUGUUCCAGUGUUUCACGCUGGACAGCGUGAGCACGGUUUACCGCCCGUUGGUGACGCACAACCCG